AUGGCUAAUCGAAACCGAGCUGUUCCACUCCCAUCCGAGGACACAUCCAGUCCAUACUUCCUCCAUCCGAGCGAUAAUCCAGGAAUUAAUCUCAUUCAACAACAACUCACUGGAUCUAACUAUGCGGCUUGGAGCAGAGCGUUCAGCACUGCUCUCCUUGCCAAAAAUAAACUUGUUUUUGUUGAUGGAUCCAUUCUCCGGCGAGCUCGUGAUGAUCUCCUUUAUCAGCCAUGGAUCCUUUGCAACAGCAUGGUAAUUUCAUGUCUCCGCAACUCAGUCUCCUCACAAAUAUGCUCCAGCAUCAUGUACCUUGAUGAUGCUUAUGCGAUCUGGUUCGAUUUCAACGAGCACUUCUCCAUUGCUGAUUCUGCUCGGAUCUAUCAACUUCGCCAACAACUCAUGGCUCUUUCUCAAGGAUCUUCGGAUGUUACUUCUUACUUCACCAAUCUUCGUAUACUUUGGGAUGAAUACAGAAAUUCUCAGCCUACUUCUUGGUGCACAUGUACUAGAUGCACCUGUGACAGUGCAUCAAAAUGGAACCAGCAUCAAGAGAAUGAAUGA